UGUCUGUUCCUCCCAAUUAGAACGCAAAAUGAUAGCUCGGUGGCCGGAGUUCUCAAUACAGGGACAUGGACAAGGCUUUCACCGUCCUGCUGAUUGCUGCUCCUCCUACAGCUCACGAAAAAUCCGAUGCGUAUUCAUGGAGAGUUAUUUUGAAACAACCGGUAGUUGUUCCCGGCCUGCUGUCAUCUUCAUCACCAAGAAGGGGAAGAAGGUCUGUGCCGACCCCAGAGAUGAAGGAGUUCAGAAUUGCACGAUGAACCUGAGGCAUACCCUGGGCGGGAGUUUGAGAAACAUAUUGCUUGCGAAGUACAGAUAAUAGGUGCCAGUCACCCACCUCCAUCUGUCUUACAUCACCUCCAAGGAGUUUCUUGGCCUAAAUUAUUUUUUUAAAAGCAACAAUUAUUCUUCUGUUCUGGCGAUAAAAGCUACGCACUGCUAAAAAGUGUCCAAUUUAAUUUUACUUGAACUUUAAGAGGAAAAAGAAACCUAAGAAUUGCUGAG